GCACAUUCUACAGUUUGAGUUCAGUGCUUCGGAACAGAUGAUUGCGUUAUUCCUCAGAAUCAUAAUCUACGUGAUUCUUGUUGUUGGUCACCAUAGGUUGAGCUUCGUUAUUGGCGACAAAGGACACCAUGACAUUGAGUUAGCUACAGAAAAACUUGGCGGGAUCCGUAGAGGUGGCGAAUUUCAUGCGGAGAAUAACACACAAAAUCAGUUAAAAAAAAUAAAUGGAAAAUUUUAUUUCACCCAGACAUUCAAACCCAUAACGAUGGGUUUUAAACAUCAGAAAUUGGUGGAUUUGAAAUACGACACCUUCUUGGAGUCACCCGAAUGUAGAACCCCUAAUAACGAUUCUGGACAUUGUGUUCUGGUGGAGAAUUGUACAGUACUGAAUAAUAUCAAAUAUAAGGACAUUAAUAAACAAUUUCUGAAAGAUUCAAUAUGUCGGGUUGAUGGAAAUGAGGUGAGAUAUUGCUGUGGAAAAUAUGAAAAUUACAAAUACCUAUUACCCAAGCGGCCUCUACCCAAAUCAUGCGGUUACGAACAGAUCAACUUUCUGAAGAAGGGCAAAAUAUUCGGAGGAACUGAGGCCAGACUUGGAGAAUUCCCUUGGUUGGCUAGGAUAAUUCACACAAGUAAUGAAGGAGACAAAUCUGUUGGUUGUGAAGGGUUCUUAAUUCACAAGAGAUUCAUUCUGACCGCAGCCCAUUGCGUAAGAAGUCCCAGGAUUGCUCUUGUCGGAAAUAUCACCGAAAUACAACUCGGAGAACAUAAUACCCAGACCGAGGAAGAUUGCAAUGGUUUGAAGUGUGCCGAUCCUCUCCAAACAAUGAGAGUGAAAAGUAUAAUUCCUCACCCCGAGUACAGGCACAAUUCCAGGAAUCAUCAUUACGACAUCGCUCUCAUAUAUCUGAAGGGGGAGGCGAAAUUCUCCGACUACGUCCAGCCGGUUUGCCUAUUGGAAAAACCAAACACGCCACAAAAAUAUUGGAUUAGUGGGUGGGGAAAAACUGAGAAAGGCAACUAUAGUGAUGUGAAGAUGAAGGUAUCAAUACCACCGUUCGACAUUACGGAAUGCAACAAAAUAUACAGUAAAGUGCGUGUGAAUGUAGGGCAAAGCCAAUUCUGUGCAGGGGGUGAGAAAGGAAAAGAUAGCUGUGUAGGGGAUUCCGGAGGCCCACUCAUGCAACAGAAUGACGAAGGAAGAUGGUUUGCAGUUGGUGUUGUGAGUUAUGGAAUUAGUUGUGGAUUGGAAGGAUGGCCAGGUGUCUAUACCAGCAUUCCAUUUUAUUAUGAUUGGAUUGUUGAAGAAAUCAUUAAGUUGAGAGAACCAGAAUUACUGACCAACAUCAACACUCAUAAGCAAGCAACAGAAUCUUCCAUCAUCAGGAACUCAAUUAUCUGAGUUUUUCUGAUAUUCUGAUUUUGCCUCAAUUAUAACCUUUAAUUGAAUAUAUUCUCUGAUGUA